CGUUUCUCUCUUUUUCUUUUUUUUUUUCUUUAUUGGAUUUUAUUAAAUAAUACAAGCAUAUACCUAACAUGUUACCAUCAGCAGUAGUAAGCAUCACAACAGAAACUUGUACGCCAGUAGUAGAUGGGUUACCUUAUAUACAAUGGAUUUAUUCAUUGUUUGGGGAUUGUGUAUAUGGAUGGCAGGAAUGUAUUAGUUUAUUACUUGGAUAUCUAUCUAUAUUUUGUUGGUUAAAUGCUCAAAUGCCUCAAGUCAUUAAGAAUUAUAGAUUGGGAGAUGCUGAAUCAUUAUCAUUUUCAUUCUUAACUGUUUGGCUCACUGGGGACAUUGCCAAUUUUAUCGGAUGCAUCGCCACUCAUCAAUUACCAUUUCAGUUAUAUUUGUCUAUAUACUUCAUCAUCAUUGAUACCAUUUUAUGUUUCCAAUACCUUUAUUAUGUGAAAUUUUCCGACAAUCGACUUCGACGCUGGAUACAUAGUAGAAAUGGUGAAGAAAUCAAGAUUACUACAUCAGCACAUGAUGGUACUGUAGCCAGUCCAAUACUCAAUCACAAUACUACUGAACAGACUCAUUUACUAAAUGAUCACAAGGGUAAAUCUUCUUAUCAAAGCACAAAAACACUGAUGAUGUUGGGUUUAUUCGGUUUUUAUUAUACAACCCUGAAUACCACCAAUCUCACUACAUCAUCAUUUGUAUCACCUACUGUGGUAUCAUAUGAUGACACGAAUGACAGCAUGACAUAUUGGAUGACGAAUAUAGAUAACGACGAUGAAAUGUUAUGGAUGGGGAGAUUCUUUGCAUGGGUCUGUACCUUUUUAUACUUAUCAUCUCGUUUACCUCAAAUCAUCAAGAAUUUCCAACGCCGGUCAGUGGAAGGAUUAUCAAUGGCUCUCUUCUUUUUUGCUGCAUGUGGUAACUUGACUUAUGUAUUGAGUAUUUUUACCAAUCCUCAUGCUACUCGUAAAUCCAUGUUAGAGGCCGUGCCUUAUCUUUUGGGAAGUGCUGGUACACUUUGUUUUGAUGCUACUAUCUUUGGUCAAUACCUUGCAUAUAAUCCUCAUGUAGAGAUAGAAAAUGACAUUGAACAAUAAUAAUAUCCCCCCCUUUCAAAUUAUUAUUUUUAUAUUGUAUUUAUAUGUACAUAGUUUUAUUAUCUUUUUUUCUUUCAUGACGAAUGUUUAUUAAUUAAUAAAAAUGACUUUUGUUAUAUACUUUA